AUGAAUAUCCAGCAGAGGAGAGUCUAUGAUGAGGUAAUUGAGUCAGUAAUUAACAAGACAGGUGGACUAUACUUUUUGUAUGGACAUGGAGGAACUAGGAAAACUUAUGUUUGGAACUCCAUAAUAACAAGACUCAGAUUUGAAGGAAAAAUUAUUUUAGCUAUUGCAUCAUAUGGCAUAGCAUAUGUUCUAUUACCUAAAGGAAGAACGACUCAUUCAAGGUUUCAAAUUCUAAAUUUAUUGAAAGAAUAUUCAACAUGCGUAAUCAAACUAGGAACUCCUGAAACAAAUUUGGUGAAGAAUUCAAGUUUAAUUAUAUGGGAUGAGGAACCAAUGGUUCACAUGCAUGCUUUUGAAGCGGUAGAUCGUACAUUACGAGACAUUUUUGGAAGAAAAGAUGAAUUGGCUCAAAUCAAACCAUUUGGAGGAUUAACAGUGGUUCUGGGUGGAGAUUUUAGGCAAAUAUUACCAGUAUUGCCAAGAGGUAACAAGCAUGACAUAUUGAAUGCAUCCAUUAGCAGUUCUAGAUUAUGGAAUAAAUGCAAAUUAUUUGCUUUGACACAGAACAUGAGGCUACAACAAAUAGAAUAUGAAGACAAUGACAUGCUAAUAGAUGAUUUCGGUAAAUGGGUGCUUAAUCUUGGAAAUGGUGACUUACAAUAA